AUGGCAUUCCAAUCAGCAACUAAAUUGUCAGUUGUCGCCUUAGUAUUGCUAAUUUUGGCAAUGGGAUCUGAGGCUGGUGGAAUAGCAAUCUACUGGGGUCAGAACGGAAACGAGGGCACCCUGGCAGAUACUUGUGCAACUGGAAACUACCAAUAUGUAAACCUAGCCUUCCUCGUGACUUUCGGAAAUGGUCAGACUCCAAUGAUUAACCUUGCUGGCCAUUGCGACCCAUCCAGCAAUGGUUGCACAAGCUUAAGUUCUGACAUAAAAUCAUGUCAAGCCCAAGGUGUAAAGGUGAUGCUUUCUAUAGGAGGAGCUUCUGGAAGCUACUCCCUUGCCUCGUCAGAGGAUGCGAGGCAAGUCGCAACUUAUCUGUGGAACAAUUUCUUGGGUGGUCAAUCUUCGUCCCGUCCCCUGGGGCCAGCUGUCCUAGAUGGAAUUGACUUUGACAUUGAAGGAGGAUCGGGCUUAUAUUGGGAUGACCUUGCAAGGUACCUUUCCGCUUAUAGCAAGAAAGGUAAAAUGGUGCACUUAACAGCAGCUCCCCAGUGCCCCUUCCCUGAUGCUUGGGUGGGAAAUGCCCUCAAAACCGGUCUUUUCGAUUACGUUUGGGUCCAGUUCUACAACAACCCUCCUUGCCAAUACGCUUCUGGUGAGGUUACCAAUCUCGAGGAUGCAUGGAAGCAAUGGACUUCGGCCAUUCCAGCCGGCAAGAUUUUCUUGGGUUUGCCUGCAUCCCCUGAGGCAGCAGGCAGUGGCUUCAUUCCUGUACCUGAUCUCACAUCAACCGUGCUUCCAUCCAUUAAAGGCUCUUCCAAGUAUGGAGGUGUGAUGCUGUGGUCCAAGUAUUACGAUGAUCAAAGUGGAUAUAGUUCUUCCAUUAAGAAUGAUGUCUGA